AGCUAAAAAUUACCUUAUUAUUAGUUUAGACGCUCGCAAGACAUUCAUUUUGACAGACGACUGAUAUGAUUAAUUAAUAAAGAAUCGCAUGAUUUUAUUUAAAACACUGUUAACAAUGAAUACUAAAGUAGCUAUAGUUUUCGUAUUUUGGACAUUAUUAAUACGGGUAAAAUGCGAUUUAUCAAAUCUGUCAGAGAAAGUGUUAAAGAAAGUGGUGAUUGAUGGAGUAACAUUUAAUGAAUUUGUCGACAAAAUUAUGGAGUUGAAUAUCAGUACAGAGUGCUAUAAUCAACUGAAAAUGCUGAAUGAAACUGAAGAUUUGCUAUAUAAAAUGGCUGAUGCGUGGAGUAAACCCUAUUCUGGCAUGAAUUUCUCCAGUAAAUUAGAAUUAGGAAAUUUUGACGAAUGUAUUAAUAUCGAUUAUACUGGUUCAGAAGGACGAGUGUUGGGCAGGUAUUGUGCAAUGGGUCUAAUUAUUCCGACAUCAUUCAACCUUAGUGAUCUUACAUCACUUGUUCAAGAUUCAUAUAAAUUAGCUACAUGUAUACCAGACAAGUGCACAUCUGAGGACUUAAGUCAAAUAUUACCAGAGCCAAUAUUGAAUCAGUAUGCAUGUUCAACAAAAGAAGACAAUACGGAGCUUGACACUGGAGCAAUUGUUACAUUAGCAAUCAUAGCCACUGUUGUAGCCUUCAUGCUUUUCCAGACAGCCUAUGACGUCUAUUUUCAUUUAAACGAACAAAAAGUUAAAAGUCCCUACUUAGUAGCAUUUUCUGUUUUUACAAAUGGAAAGAAGCUUUUUCAUACAUCGAAAGGAAAUUCAGAACAAAUCCUAUGUUUCAAUGGGUUGAAGUUCAUAACAAUGAUGUGGAUCAUUGCCGGUCACGGUGCAGCUUUUUGGGAAAUUGUGCCAACAACAUACGGCAAAGCUUACGCUGAGUGGUAUUAUUCUCAUUCUUCAAAUUAUCUCAGAAUGGCCCUGUAUGGAGUCGACACUUUCUUUUAUAUUGCUGGAUUCCUUAUGGCUUAUCAAUAUUUCAAAACGGAAGUAAAGAAGCCAGUCACAGUUCAAACUGCAAAAGUUCCAAUUCUGAUCAUUUACAGAUAUUUGAGACUUACGCCUGCCCUGUUGAUGUGUUUUCUUUUCGUUACAUAUUUGGCAAGAUUUAUAGGUAGCGGUCCAGGAUUUAACGUCGGACAAGCUAGUUUUAUAAAGCCUUGUAAAGAGAAUUGGUGGUCGUUUUUCUUAUAUAUUCAGAAUUACUACAACCCGACGAAUUUGUGUAUUACAGCUACUUGGUACUUAUCGGCGGAUAUGCAACUAUUUCUUUUUGCCAUACCAGUUACAAUCUUAUUAGCAAUGGUAUAUAAACGCAGAUAUACAGUUUUUAUGGGGAUUUUAUUUGUGAUGAAUUUAAUAUUUAUUGUUUUGCCAAUUUUCACCAAACUAAAGUUAACUAGGGACCUAGAUCCCGACUUUUCAAGCGAAUAUGACAGUCACUCACGUCUCAAUGUUUACUUCAUUGGUUUUAUGUUUGGAGCUUACGUGAGACACAAUAAACAACAUUUGAAAAAAAUUAAUAAUAAAUUGAACUUGUUCAUUUGGUGUGUUGUUUUGAUUGGUAUGUACGUUACUGCCUAUGUAACUUAUGGAUUUACAUAUGAGUAUGAAGUUAAAGCUAUUGCAAUAAGUUUAGGCAGACCAAUUUGGUGUUUACAACUCUGUUGGAUUGUAUAUAGUUGUCUUGUUGGUCAAGGAGGUAUUAUCAACUGGUUUUUAUCUUGUGGAUUCAUGCAACUUGGAGGAAAGCUAGUAUACUGCCUUUAUCUCAUGCAUGGACCCAUAAUAUCUUAUACAGCUAUGGAAACUAGAACAACAUUGCAUUUUACCGACUAUAUUUUGUUCUAUAACUUCUGUGGUCAUUUGAUCGUUACAACAUUCGUAGCAAUAUUUUGGACAUUGGCUUUUGAGUCGCCAGUAAUAAUUUUGGAGAAAGCAUUAUUACGAGGGAGCGGACGCAGUAAGUAUACAAAAAAUAAAAUCUUUACACAAGUCACAUACCUACUUUAG